AUGUCGGCAGAGGAAAAUUGCAAAGACGAAACCAGAGAUAGUUGGAUCGAACUCAACCUAACCCCGGUUCAAAGCAUAUGUAGCGACGACCGCUAUUCGCAGCAUACAAAGGCAAGCUUUAAUAGUAUCGAAAACGUCGUAAAACAUUAUGGUAAUAGCGAUAAAAGGAAAAGUUGGGUCGAUUUAAUAGCACCUUAUCCGACAUUAGUUACGAAUCUACUCAACCAUAAUCGCGAGUCUAAAAAUAGCAGUAUAAUAGCAGAAUCUAAGCAUAGCUCGAAAUACUUUACACCGACAGACAGCAUUGGCGAACAGAUCACUGAAGACUAUAAUCGAGAAUUAUCGAAAAACGAGAAAACUGCUUUGGUUAUUGUGAUGAGUCUUGUUGUAUUCUUAGCAUCGAUCGAAGUAACUGCUGUCCUGUCCAUAUCAAAUGAAGUUGCGUCGUUCUUUGACAAUUUCGAGUCAUACCGAUGGCCCGUAACAGCUUACCUUAUUACGUUUUGCACAUCUCAACCUAUUUGUGGAAAGCUCUCUGAAAUAUUCGAUCGAAAGCCCAUCAUAUUAUUUGCCACGGCAAUCUUCUUGUUUGGCACGCUUGGCACUGGCGCAGCAACGAGCAUGUCUAUGUUUAUUGCGUUUAGGACACUACAAGGACUCGGCGGGGGUAGUAUGUUAUGCAUAGCUAGGAUCAUAGUAUUCGACAUUGAAAAAGGAACAAAGUACAGCACAAUCAUUACAGUCAUAUAUGGAUCGACAACAUUAAUAGGUCCAAUAUUUGGAAUUCUUUUCGCAAAUGAGCAUUGGCAAUGGAUAUUUUACAUGAACGUCGCCAUGGGCAUCUUUCUCCAAAUUGCUUUGGUAUUGCUCAUGCACACCCCACACGAGUCCAAACCCUUUUUGGCUGGCCUCAAAUCCUUCAACUAUAUAGAGAUAUUUUCCCAAAUAUCCUGUGUGACAUGUUUUCUUUCGGCACUUGCGUUAAUUGCUGAAAACAAUCAAAAACGAGGGCAAGAAGGAAACGUUCCCGCGCUGUUCAUCUCGUCAGCAAUAUUCCUAAUAAUUUUUAUUUAUUUGGGGAAGAAAGCAACUAAUCCGUUGAUUCCUCGGGAAUUCUGGAAUAAAGAAAUACUUGUCGCGUCUGCUUGUGCUCUGUUCACCGGAAUAACUUUUGCGUUAGUAGCAUGUUAUGUUCCGCUUUAUUGUCGAGUCGUACAACACGCCUCUGCGUCAGAUAUUGGAGUGAAUAUAUUUGCACUGCUACUAGGAUUUGUUGCUACGAGCAUUGUUUCAGCGGCUCUCGUACGUCGAUUGGGGUUGUAUGGGUCAUUUCUUGUGGUGGGAGGCCUCUUUAACGUUAUCGGAUUCGGGAUUUUAAUCGCGUGGAAUCAAUAUACGCAUGGCGCUGGAGAGUACAUGUGUUUGUUUCUGAUAGGAUUGGGUAUGGGAUGUAUCCUACACACAAACUUGCUCGCCACUCAAAGUGUGGGCAAGCGUUAUAAGAUUAUAUCCAGCACUUGGUGUCAAUUUGUAACUACAACGGGUGUAGCUAUUGGAAUCACAAUGUUUGCAGCCAUUCUGCAAACAGGAAUAAGCGCCAAUUUCCAUCGGCUUGAUUCGGAAUCUGCUACGGAAAUUUUAGCAUUAUCGCCUCAAAUACUGCUAACAUACGAUACCGGCAAGCUUCCUGAAAAAUAUGUCGCAAUCAUGCUUGACAACUUUGGUCGUGCCUUCCGUGCGGUAUUCAUAUGCGUCACUUUAAUGGCUUGUUCUGGUUUGAUCUUUGGUAUCCUCUUCUCGUUCUUACAUGGUGCAACUGCUCAAGACUGUGAAAGUCAUAUAUCUACUACUACGACUGCGAGUACUUGCCAUCGGUAUAAUAAUGUCGAUAAUAAUAAUAUCCAAGUCGACGUGACAGAGGUCAAAAUCUCCAAAGUCUAUGCGCAACCUCCACGUAAACAUAGCACCGUCGUCCCGCUGAGUUAUGCAAUCGAUCAUGGAAAUGGACAAACUUAUAAUUCGCGAAGGGUUACAAUUUUCCCCGUGCAACAGUGA